AAGAGAGGCCCGGCCCAUGCAGAGGGGGUGGGGCAGAGGCGGAGUCUGACGAGCUGGGGAAGGAACAAAGCGAGGCCUGCGGGCGGCGGCUGGGCUCUGGCGGGGCCGCGGGGUGCGGGGCUUGCGGGCGGCGGCCCGGGCGGAGCGUUGGAGGGAAGGAGGUGGCAUCGCUGUCCGCGGCCAUGAACGGGCUGCCCUCGGCAGAGGCGCCGGGCGGGGCGGGCUGCGCCUUGGCCGGGCUCCCACCGCUGCCGCGCGGCCUCAGCGGCCUCCUUAAUGCGAGCGGGGGCUCGUGGCGGGAGCUGGAGCGCGUCUACAGCCAGCGCAGCCGCAUCCACGACGAGCUAAGCCGCGCUGCCCGUGCCCCGGACGGGCCCCGCCACGCCGCCAACGCGGGACCCGCAGCCGGCCCGCGUCGUCCUGUCAACCUCGACUCAGCGCUGGCCGCGCUGCGCAAGGAGAUGUUGUCUACAGGUGGGGCUUCGGCAGUUGGACAUGUCCCUGUUGUGCCAGCUGUGGGGCCUGUACGAGUCAAUCCAGGACUACAAACACCUGUGCCAAGACCUGAGCUUCUGCCAGGACCUGUCAUCCUCCCUCCAUUCGGACAGCUCCUACCCACCGGAUGCGGGCCUGUCUGACGACGAGGAGCCUCCCGAUGCCAGCCUGCCUCCUGACCCGCCACCCCUUACUGUGCCCCAGACGCACAAUGCUCGUGACCAGUGGCUGCAGGAUGCCUUCCACAUCAGCCUCUGAAGAGCUGGGGGGCAGGGGGCAUGCACUCAUGCAAAAGGCUCAGAAACUCCCCCUGCGGCAAGCCCUCAGACUGCGGAGCCUGCGCCUUCCCCCAUACCGCCUCACCUCACAGGAGGGCCAGGCAUGUAUUCCUCAGAGGCGAAACUGCCAAACCCUUUCUCCUGUCUUGGGUUGGCUGGCACUGGGGCGGGCACCUAGGGUACAGCCUCUGCCCGUGGCACUGGGCCUCCACUUCUUCCAUGUGUGCACCCCCAGCUUGGCCAACCCUCAGCCUUGCGGUGGGGCCCGAAGCAUCUUCCCUUCCGCUUGGCGUCUCUGGGGUUGGGAUGAGUGCCUGGCUCCCAUAUCCUCCUCACCUUUUGUUGCUAUCGGCAGCUGCUGGCUCAGGGGCAUCCCACCUCCGGGCUCUGGGUUCCUCUGCCCUGGAAGGGCUCCAGGACCCGUCCCAAUACCCACCCACGGCCAGGAGGGCCAAGGCCCCGUGCUGGAUAUUUAAAUUUAGGGGCCGGUCUCCAUGGCGUGUAGAUAAAUAAAGACCCUCAGCGUC